GUUGCUGAGCACGCGCCCUGCUGCCCACGCGUCCUGUGAGCAGAGCUGAGGAAGAAGCGGUGGUGUGGGCGGUGUCGUGAUCUUUCUGGCUGCCUGCCCUCAACCGGUGAUUUGACUGCCAGUUUGGCCGAUGUGAAUGAUCUUGCAGCCCGUUUAUUUGGUGUGACCACAGCAUGUACACUAUCCUUACGCAAGGGUGAAAAAUGAGUGGGCGUGUGAGAACAAGGUCUAAAUCUAAACAAAGAAAGGAUGAUGGCAAGGCUAACCAGCCAGCUGCACCUGUGGCUGCCCAGCAGCCCAGUGAUGAGCAGCCUCAACAAAGGGAGGCACCCACUGAGUGUCAGGAUAUUAUGCCGGAGCGAGAGAAAGCAGUUGAAGAAACACCUCUGGAUGAAGGCCCUGACCUGGAAUCUGGUAUCCAGGAACUGCCUGUGCCAAAGAGUGGGGGCAAAAGUGAAGAUGACAGUGAUGUGAAGGGGGCGGAUGUCCCAACACUGGAGCCCGUGAAGAUGCCUGAAGCAGAUAUGUUAUCCAUUGAGAAUGCAAAGUGAAGGACAACCGAAAGUGUAAGCAAGAAGAAGCUGAAACCAUGCAAACUGCUCUCAUGUAGGAAGGACACUUCACUGUUAAAAAUCCCUCAAUAAAAUCUUACAACUUUC